UCAGAGCAUCUUCAGGGGCCGUCCAUCCUCACAGGUUGUCGGAGACGUCUUUGGUCCAGGACAAGUCACGAACCACAGAUGCCCAAGCCCCCGGCCCGCGGCUUGCGGGUCCAUGGAUGCUUCAAAUCUUCGCGCACCUGGACUUUCCUGUUCUCGCGGCGCCAGCUCGGCGAGAAAGCUGGUCAUCGCCUGCCCUCUGCUGGCCGGUGGAGGUAUUGACCCCACUUCCGCUCCACCAGGGUUGCAUCGGCGGGAUGGAAUGAAGAGCGGGCAUUUAUUGAGUUCCUGCUGUAUUUCAGGACUGAACUGGACGCUGGGGUGUAAGUGUGAACGCGACCUGCUCUCACGGAAUUCCAAGAGACAGACCAUAACAUCAAAUUCAAGCGAAUAUGAAAUUAUAGCUGUGAGCCAUAGUGAGCGUCACACUUGGAGAAGGGAAGGAGCCCCACGGCCGGUUGGGAUCAGAAGCCACGUCUUCAGGCGCCCCUCCCAGCCCAUCACGGCUGCCCAUCUGCGGAGGCACUCCGAGGACCACCAGGAACCACACGCCGGACGCUGAGCCAUGAACUACAUGGGGCAGCUGGCAGAGACCGUGUUCGGCACGGUGAAGGGCCUGUACCGGGGCCUGAACCCGGCCACGCUGAGUGGGGGCAUCGACGUGCUGGUGGUGAGGCAGGUGGACGGCUCCUUCCGAUGCUCGCCCUUCCACGUGCGCUUUGGCAAGCUGGGCGUCCUGCGCUCGCGGGAGAAGGUGGUGGACAUCGAGAUCAACGGGGAGCCGGUGGACCUGCACAUGAAGCUGGGGGACAGCGGGGAGGCCUUCUUUGUCCAGGAGCUGGAGAGCGAUGAGCCCUGCCCCUGCUUUGCUCCACAGGAAGACGUGCCUCCCCGCCUGUGCACGUCACCCAUCCCUUGGGGAGGCCUGGCGGGGUUCCCUUCGGACUCCCAGCUGGGCACCACCAGCGAGCCAGACGCCAGCACCGUGGGCAUGGCCUCCAGCGGGCGGAAGAAGAAACGGCGCAGGAGGAAAACCAAGCGGAAGGAGGGCGCUGUGGCGGCCGAUUCUAGUUCAGAGGAGCUGGAGGCGGGCACUGGGAGUGAGCCAUCCCUGCUGGAAAAGCCAAGGCCAGAGCCCCCAGGCAGCAUCCAGCCAGAAGGGGUGUCCUCAGUGGAGCCCAAAGACAUCUACCCCUACUCUGACGGCGAGUGGCACCCCCAGGCCAGCCUCUCACCAGGUGAGCUAACAUCUCCCAAGAGUGACUCGGAGCUGGAACUGCGGACCCCCGAGCCCAGUCCCCUGAGAGUGGAGUCCCACGUGCAGUGGGCCUGGGGGAGGCUGCCGAAGGUCGGCAAAGCUGAGUGGCCCGAGUCCUCGGUGGUCACUGAUGCCAGCUCCAGGACAGCCUCUCCACCUCAGGGGGGGCCCAGCACCCCUUCUGCCUCUGUGAUUGGCGUGGACCCUCCAGGACCCCCAACCCUGCAGAGAGGGGCUGGCACUGACCUUCUUCAGCCUGACACGGAGGCGCCCGCUCUGGCGGGUCCCCCUCUCUCUGCCCCUGAGAGGGAGGAAACCAAGACUCAGAGUUCGGGGGACACGGGGGCCCGUCCUCCGUCCAAAUCCUGGAGCUGGGCUGCUUUGGAAGACCCUGCUCACACCCGGAAGCCAGAGAGGGUCUCCCAGAGGAAAGGUUCCUUGAAAAGAAGCCAGCACCUGGGCCCCAGUGACAUCUACCUGGAUGACCUGCCCUCCCUGGACUCUGAGAACGCAGCCCUUUACUUCCCCCAGAGCAACAGUGGGCUGGGGGCCAGGAAGCAGAGUGCACCGGACAGCCUGAAGCCCUUGGGGGACUGCAACCCCGAGCAGGAGCCAGAGCCCACUGCAGACACAGCAGACACAGUGGCGCUGUCCCUCUGUGGGGGCCUGGCCGACAGCAGGGACGUCUCCGUGGAGAAGUUCAGCCAGCACCUGGUCUCCUACGAGGACCUCGCCCAAAACCCUGGCCUCCUGGACGACCCAAGCCUGGUGGUGAAGAUCAACAAGCAACAUUAUAACUGGGCUGUAGCUGCCCCCAUGAUCCUGUCCCUGCAAGCCUUUCAGAAAAACUUGCCCAAGAGCACUGUGGACAAGCUGGAGAAGGAGAAGAUGCCCCGGAAGGGAGGCCGUUGGUGGUUUUCCUGGCGACGCAGGGAUUUCCCAGCCAAGGAGUGCAGCGCCCAGAGGGAGAAAACCACAGUGCGGGAGCAGCGGGGGGAGAAGACAGAAGCCGUCAGCAGCGAGGACGACACCCUGGACAGCCCCGUCAUCCUAGAGGCCCCCUCCCCGCCCCCCUCGCCCCCAGCCCACGCCCGUUCCUACAAGAAGUCCCUCCGCCUCUCCUCCAGUCAGAUCCGGCGCCUGAACCUGCAAGAAGGUGCCAACGACGUGGUCUUCAGUGUGACCACCCAGUACCAGGGCACCUGCCGCUGCAGGGCCACCAUCUACCUGUGGAAGUGGGACGACAAGGUGGUCAUCUCUGACAUCGACGGCACCAUCACCAAGUCGGACGCUCUGGGCCACAUUCUGCCCCAACUGGGGAAAGACUGGACACAUCAGGGCAUCACCAGUCUCUACCACAAAAUCCACCUAAAUGGGUACAAGUUCCUGUACUGUUCAGCACGGGCCAUCGGCAUGGCUAACCUCACCAAGGGGUACCUGCAGUGGGUGAGCGAGGGGGGCUGCGGCCUCCCUAAGGGCCCCAUCUUGCUGUCUCCCAGCAGCCUCUUCUCUGCCCUGCACAGGGAGGUGAUAGAGAGGAAGCCGGAGGUGUUCAAAAUCGCCUGCCUGAGUGAUGUCCAGCAGCUCUUUCUGCCCCAGGAACAGCCCUUCUAUGCUGCCUUUGGGAACAGGCCCAAUGAUGUCACUGCCUACCAGCAGGUUGGCCUGCCUGCCUGCCGUAUCUUCACGGUCAACCCCCAGGGAGAGCUCAGCCAAGAGCUGAUAAAGAACCACAAGUCCACGUAUGAGCGGCUUAGCGAGGUGGUCGAGCUCCUCUUCCCGCCUGUGGCCCGCGGCCCCAGCACUGACCUGGCCCACCCUGAAUACAGCAACUUCUGCUACUGGCGGGAGCCGCUGGCCCCCGUGGACCUCAGUGCCUUGGCCUGAGCCUGCCUCUGGCUGCCCACCAACCAUGGCCAAGCCCAGAACUGACUGUGUCCCAGGGCGUGGGGCUCGGAAAGCUGGGUGCCCACUUGGCCAACCUGCUGAAGGGGAGGAGAGGGGCUGCGAGCUGGCCAUGGCCUCUCCUGUCCCUGGGUCUUGGCCAGCUGAGCUACGGUCAGGGGUCAAGGGGGUCACUGCUCCAGGCCUCUGCAUGGCCCUGCCCUAUAGCCAGGAAAUGAUUGGGUCCUUGCGGGGAUUCUCUACACCCUUGAUGUCUCUUUCCUUCUCACCCGGGACCCGGGUUCAACUCCUGACAGGACAGAGAUGAGAGAGAGGCCCCUCUGAGGCUUGAGGCCUGUACGCCCAGGAGAGGAGCCAACCAUCCAGGGAAGAAAUUGUCUUCCAGCCCUCUCUGGGGAGCCUGCACUGUGCCCUCUGAAGCCAGAUCCUCUGUAGCCCCGGCCCCUUCCCACAGCUCUGGAGCCAGCCAGACAUCACUGCGGUCCCUUGCUGGUGCCCUGGUGUCUCAGCCCAUCCUGACCCCAGAGGCGCUAGGACCGCCCCCAGAUGCCCCACACCCGGCCCCUCCCCGCACCUCCAGAGGACACAGCCCUAGAUUCUGCCGGGGCAGGCAGAGGAUGACCUGCCUGGCCCGCUCCCCCCACAGCCCUUGCUGGUCAUUUCACCAUCCACACAGCUGCAGUAUGAGUUUGUCCGAGGGGCUGUGGGAAGCAGGGCUGACACCCCACUGCCGCCAUCCCUCCCACCGCCUUUGGGGAAGAAAGGACCUUUAGAUGGGCUAAAAGCUUUAAUCCAGGCUUGCCCUACCCACCCCCCGACCAGCACCAAAGUGGAGGGCAGAACACCAAAUGUCAGGAAGGCAGAAGGUGGGGCUGCGAGCUAACACGGGGGCACCCAGGCCCCUGCGGGGGACCAAGGCCAGAAGCCUCAGCAGGGAUGGGUCUCCGCGGGGUGUGUGAGCCAGACAAACGCUUGUGUUCUCAUGUUGUCAUACCUGAAUUUCUCACCCCGUUGUGAACAUCCGCACAGGGCUGGGGUUUUCCAAGGAUGUCGGAAACUAGGCCUGGAGCCCUUGCUCUCCAGCCGUGGCCUCCUGCCCAGGGUCUGGCCUCAUUCGGGCCAUGACGUCCAUGAGGGCUGCCCUCUGGUGGGAGGCUCUAACCUGGGGCGGGGGGUGGAUUUUCCCCCAAAUGGAAAGCAGGGGACCAAGCGGGGACCAGAGUACCCUGGAAACAUCUUUGGGGAAGGGAAGGCAAAAAAGGAUAAAUUACAGUGGGAGGGGCCUCCAAACAUCCUUUCCGCCAGGAAAACACAGCUGCCUAAGCCCUCACCUUGGGGGAGGAUCAGAAGGAAUAAAGAGUGCUCUCGCCGA